AUGUCACGACGACAUAUUUCAAGAACAACUCCGAACAAAGAAGAGCGAAGUUCGAGUUCAUUUUGUACUCCGGACCCAACUGCUAUUUGCUCAACAACUGCAUUUGUACCAGUUAGCAACUCUGUUCCAUCAACUUUCAACAUCCUUAACAACCGUGGUCCUUUUGCAUUUAUUAAUAAUACGAGCAAUUGCGCAUCUAAUAAUAAUGACAAUCGAAAUUUUUUGUUUUCAACCGAUCGAUUCAAUCCAUCACUUUUGCAACCAAACGUUUCACCUUACGCCAAUAUCAUUAAUAACGAUCCUCGACUUCAUCCCACCUCAGCAAUUUUACCAAAUCCGCUUCGGCAACAUAACUCAAUGAGUAUGAAUACGAAUGGGACAGCAUUUGAUCGAUUCCUACAAUCAUUUCCAGCACCACAACGAUCCAACACGAUAAAUCCAUCAUCAAUUCCUCCUACUAUGAUCAGCGUAGCUCCUAUCACUCCAACUGCUUCGGCAACCGGACCCACAUCAUUACUUCCAAUUGCUACAGCCAAUAAUUCAGGACCGUCAACAUCAUCUUUUAUUCCACCACCUUUAUUAAGCGAUCAGCCGUCGUACAAGUAUUUGCUAUCAUUUGAACAACAGGCCAAAAUAGCGCAUGAAGCGGCGAUGCACUAUGCAAAUUUGACGGAACAUCUAAUGGAACACGCGAGAAAUGCAGCGGCAGCCGAAAAUAUGCCACUACCACCGUUACCGCAAGCGGUCUUUUCAAUGGUUCAGAAAUACGAUCAACAGAAGGAAUCGAUGCAGAAUCAUCGACAACAACAAAAAAACGAAAAUGAAAAGAAGGAUCAUUAUCAUCAUCCAACAUAUUUAACACCUGGCAACAAGGCUUCAUUUUCACACUCUGAUACAAUUAUUAAUAGUGAUAACUUCGAUCAACAGCAAUUGUUUAAGCAGAAACGACCUUGCCUAUUCAAUUGCACACUCUCUGAACCGAUGGUGAAAACCCGACAUGCAGCAGAUAAUGUGUCUAAUACGGAUACUACCCCUUCUGGUUCCGAAAGUGAUUCAUCAAAUAAAACAACAGUUGAAAUAUUACCUAUCCUGUCACCGCAUCCGUAUUGUGCGGUAUCGGCGGAAAAUAAUUUCGAACAGCAACAAAAUGAAAUGGAAAUGGAUGAAAGCAAUAAAAACAACACCACUGAAACGGUUAAUCAACCAAUAAUAACACCAUUACGAACAAUCCAAGAAUGUUUUAAUAAGACGAAUCCAAAAUACGGGAUAGAAACGGAUCAUUCAUCUGCUGCCGUUCAUAUACCAUUCAUUCCAUCAGAGAGAUUUAUUUCAGAAACAACUCUUCUAGUGCAUGAUAAUACAUCAAAGAAUGACAGUGAUAAUUUAGCGAGUACAUCAUCACAGUCUCAUUUAGAUUCCGGAAUUUCAAUGAGCGCAAAUGUGACCGAUAAACGGGAGCAAAUAUCAUUUGAUAAACCAUCUUGGUCCAAUUCAUUUACUGUAAGCAGUAUUCUGGUAGGAAAUAACGAAGGAAAAGACGAAAUAGAUGCGUUAAAGCAUAUAGCAGAAGCAACAACUAUGACACAAAACCAACCGAGAACAGCAAAUCUGAAGGGAACAACAAAUUUAUCGGUACUACCAUAUACGGUGCCACAACAAACUAUACAAAAUUGCAUAAAUGAAAUGGUACAAACAACGGGACCUUCAAAUGUUCGUACACCUUUCAAAAGUCUCCCAGGAUAUGCCAUAACAAGCAAUGGGUUAUUGAUCGCAUCAGAUGGACGAGCAAUGCCGCCUGCAAUCUACAAUUGCUUUGGUAUACCAAGGCAACCAUUAGUUUCAAUGAAUCCAAAUCAAGAAGAAGACAAUAAUUUAUGCGCAAUAUGUGGUGAUAAAGCUUCAGGGAAUCAUUACAGUGUACCAAGCUGUGAAGGAUGCAAAGGUUUCUUCCGAAGAACUAUCCAGAAGAAAAUAGAAUAUAUAUGCUACAAACAAGGCAAUUGUAUAAUAGAUCAGAAAAAUCGGAAUAGAUGUCAAAGUUGUCGAUUUAAAAAAUGCCUUCAGUUAGGCAUGCGUCAAGAAUCGGUACGUUUGGAUCGCAAUCGACGACGGAAAAAAGAUGAAAACAGAGAUAAAGAAAUGGAGGAGAUCGAAGAAAUGAAAAAGUUAAAAGCUAUUGUUGUUAGUGCCUAUCGUGAAGCAUUCCCAACGGGGUUAGUCAUCGAUAACCGAAGCGAAGCUGUAGAAAGGAUCCAUAUGUUUCUGAAUAAUAUCCCGAUGAUGAACGAAAUUAAUGAGAAAGAUCGGGAAAAAGUCAUUGAAAAUUGUGUUUAUGCAGCGCUGACUUUGCGCACUUUUUCACAACUGAAAACUACGAAGCGAUUGUGGGCGUUAAAAGCGAAGCAUUAG